AUGUCAAACAGACAGCCCUCUCGUGUCGUCUUCGUGGGCAACAUCCCAUAUGGCAAGUCGUCGAGAUCAUAUUACGUCUUUUCAAAGUCGAUUGCUAACAACCCGUUAUCUGCAGGACUCACCGAGGAGCAAAUCACUGAAAUCUUCAGUGGUGCUGGUCGCGUCCUGAACUUUCGCCUCGUCUAUGAUCGAGAGACUGGUCGCCCCAAGGGCUUUGGUUUCGCUGAGUUCCCUGACCACGACUCUGCUUCUUCAGCCGUCCGAAACUUGAAUGAUUAUGAGAUUAUGGGACGGAAGUUGCGUGUCGACUUUAGCAAUGAAACGGGCCCUUCUGCUGCCGGUUACUCGGCGCCGUCGAACGGUAACAACGUUGCCGCGCCGGUCGUCCCCGCGGGCGGUUCGUCGCUCCCUCCUUUGCCCCAGGGCAAAGAUCUCCCUCCUGGUGUGAGCUGCACCGAUGCCAUAUCGCAAACGCUUCGCACCCUGCCCCCGGCGCAGCUGCUGGACAUCAUCCAGCAGAUGAAGACGCUGGCGACCAACGACCCUGCGCGCUGCGCCGAGCUGUUGAACCAAGCUCCCCAGCUUGGUUAUGCUGUUUUCCAGGCCCUGUUGAUCAUGGGCUUGGUGUCACCGGACGCCAUCAACUCCGUCCUCGACACUGGUGUGAGCGUUGCCCCGCCUCCUGCGGCUGUCCCCGCCAACUAUGGCGGCUACCCUGUCCCUGCGGCGACCGGCACUCCAGUCGGUGGUUAUGCCGCCCCUCCCGUCGCUGCCCCGGUUGUUCCGGUCCCUGGUGCCGCGCCUCCUCCUGUCGCUGCCCCCCCUCCUGCUCAGGACCCUGAGGCCCUGAUGCGUGCUGUCAUGGAGCUACCUCAAGAGACGAUUGACAUGCUUCCCGAAGCCGAGAAGCAGCAGAUUUUGGCCUUGAGAGCUCAAUUCUCCCUGCAAGGUCACCGCUAG